AUGGGAAAACCUGCCAGAAGAUCCUCUUUACUCUCUGCUUACAUAUUUCUCUACAAUGUUGCACUGUUCGCCAUUCACUUGAAGAUAUUUUUGGAUCUGGUAAAUGCUGUAACCUCAGGUAAAUUUGUCUAUAAAGACCACUUCCCACUCUUCUGUAUCGGAACAGCUGCCCAACUUCUGGAUGUCGUCCAUGGUGUUCUUGGUAUCACCACAACGGGUAUCGCAGCUGGUCUUCUACAGGUACUUGGCCGUCUUUUCAUGCUGUUCCUGAUCGAAGGCAAUCCAACUAUACAUAAUCAAAUUUCCACACCUGUCCUACUAUUUGCAUGGGUACUGAUCGAAUUGUUCCGAUAUCCUUAUUACGCUCUACGAGCAUGGGACAUCGAAGUCUAUGUGCUUGCAUGGUUACGGUACACAGCAUGGAUCCCUCUCUAUCCACUUGGACUCACUAUGGAAUGGCUCAGUAUGGUGACAUCGUUGAAGUACUACUAUGAAACUGGCAAGUACUCCAUUCUUCUUCCAUACCUGGAUCUGACACUGAACUUCUCGGCCAUCAUUGCCGUAAUUGCAUUUGCUGUAUUCCCAUUCAUCAGUCGGAAACUUCUUGGACAUAUGAGAAAGCAACGAAGAAACAAAAUGAAUGUGAAGAAAAUAAAAUAA